AUGAAACAGGGAUUUGUGAAGUUGGGGCUUUCUCCAGGAGAGUACACUAUUCAACAUUCGGAAAGACAGUUGAAACGACGGAGGGAACUGACAGAUAGAGCCCUGUUACCAUCAUCUAAACGUCGGCGACUGGAGCUGAAGAAAGAACGGGCUGUCAUUCAAGGGGCCAGUGAAGCAAUGGAAGGGGACACAUAUCAGUCUGGGAUUGGUCAUAUGGAGGCAAUUGAUAUAGAACGCAUACCUGACGCUAUUGCCCGUGGCAACUUCAAACCAGUCGUCAUAGAUGGAGAGCCAACCAUCAUAACAUUUGAUUUAGAAACAACAGGACUUAUUGUGCACAGAGUGAUGCCGGACAUAACACAGAUAGCUGCAAGUGACCAGUCGGGAAAGACAUUCAAUGUCUAUGUCAACCCAAUCCAGCCGAUAAAUCCGGAAGCAACGACAGUGACUGGAAUUUCAUUUGUGAAUGGAGAAAUGAAAGUUCGAGGACAGAUAGUUCAAUCUGUACAUGUGAAGGAUGCUGUUAGCCAAUUCUUGUCAUGGUUGGAGCAGUUUAAAAAUGUUGUUUUAUGUGCCCAUAACGGAAGAAGGUUCGACUUUCUGAUCCUAGUUGAACUGCUUGAGAAACUUCAUCUUAGUGAAAAGUUUAGUGAAAUAGUUCCUGCUUUGUUGGACACAAUGAGCAUAUUCAGGAAACAAUAUCCUAAAAGUUCACUGAAACAAGAAGAUCUUGUCAAAACUCAUUUAGGAAUUACAUAUGAUGCCCACAAUGCUGUUGGUGAUGUUAUUAGUCUGGGAGUGUGUAAAAGACCCACUGCAGAAAAUGUGGCCGGGUCAGGUUUGAACCUCGGAUACCUUCGGCUCAUCCAUAAACGUCGAGGCGAGGACGGACUACGUGAAGUUUUUACUUCACUCAACAAUGAAGGACUUCCAAGAGUAACCAAUUCUAAAAAAGUACUGGAAGACUUUAUACCAAAAUUGAUAAACUAUUUACUGAAGUAA